AUGGGUAAGGACUUGCACUUUGGAAUUUCUCCUGGAUUUCGCAGGUGGAAGAAGCCGGCACCUGUGGAGCCGUGGCUUGGCGACCUAGACUGCACUUCCAAUCGUGCAGAGCGCCUUGGGCGGCCAGUGCAGGCCGUGGCGCCUCAUGAAGAUCGCCAACCUGCAGAGGAUUGUCUCCACUUGGACCUGUGGCUUCCGCCUGGAACACUGGCCUCACCAAUGAAGAAGCAACUCCCAGUACUGGUUUGGAUCUAUGGGGGUGGAUUGCUCUCGGGAUCCAAAGAUGAUCCGGGCUCCUCGGGGCAAGGCUAUGCCGAACAGGGGGUGAUCUUCGUUUGCAUCAACUACCGGGUGGGAGCUUUAGGCUUCCUUUGUCCACGCAAUGGUGAUGCCAACUGCGGACUCUGGGAUCAGGUCUCUGCACUGGAGUGGAUCCAAAGAGAAAUCGGAAACCUCGGGGGAGAUCCAGCGCAAGUGACCAUCAUGGGGCAGUCUGCUGGAGGAGAUUCAGUCUACUGGUCCGCCCGUCGAGCUUGUUUGAUGACGCGCGCCUGUGGCCUCUGA